AUGUAUGCCCAUCAUUUUCUCAUCAAGGAGUCCUGUCCAAUAUCCAAUAUCAGAAUGGCAGAUCUGAAGGAUCAAGGAAUGGAAAUUUGGCUACUCUGCUAUUGCAUUCUGUGUCUUGUUGGGAUUUUGAAGAAUCUAUAUUUAGAAUACGUCUCCAUCCUCAUACAUGCCACCUUCAGUCUUCUUCAGAAGCCUGUGUCAAGAGUGGUGAACGCGUGGAAUGCGUUAGAUGACGAAGUAGUGGCUGCCCCUUCUGUGACUAUCUUUAAGAAGAAACUAGAUGCUUUCAUGGACAGGCAAAAA